AUGAGAGUCAAAGAACGGCAUUUCCGACUGUUUCCUAGUAUGAAGGCAUGGAUCAACCCUCUUACUAACUCCACCUAUAAGAUGGGCGAUCUCCUUCCUCGACUAAAACUUGCUAACACGUUGGAGAAACUCGCCAAUUCAAAGGACCCUGUCAAGCUGUUCUAUCGAGGUGAAAUGGCUGAAACCAUCGCGAGAGAGAUGGCCGAGGGAGGUGAAGCGAUGGCAUGGAUCAACCCUGUUACUAACUCCACCUAUAAGAUGGGCGAUCUCCUUCCUCGACUAAAACUUGCUAACACGUUGGAGAAACUCGCCAAUUCAAAGGACCCUGUCAAGCUGUUCUAUCGAGGUGAAAUGGCUGAAACCAUCGCGAGAGAGAUGGCCGAGGGAGGAGGUAUCAUCACCAAAGCAGAUCUUGCCUCGUACAAACCACGGGUAUACAAGCAGUUAGCGAAUGCCCACUUCCGAGGAAAUCUUGUCAUGUGCGGUGGACCACCACCGUCGUCAUUUGUGGUAACGCAACUGAUUGUUUCAGUGAUGAGUGCGCUUUAUCCGGAGAACCACAAAACCGACAUCCUCAGUGACCCAAAAGCCACACAUCAUUUCAUUGAGGCAAUGAAGUUCGCCUAUGCGCAAAGGUGA